AUGGCGGCGACGCGUCGCCUCUCUUCGUGCUGCCUUCUCCUCGCCGUGCUUCUGGGAGCAGUGGCCGCUGCCACCGCUUUCUUCGACGACGCGGCGGCUGCAGGCGUCGGGCUUGGCCACGGCACCCGUUUCGCACGCAAGCAUGGCGGACGUGCUGCCGCCGAGCUGCCGCAGCCGGAGCCACAACCCAAACCUGAACCUAAGCCGGAACCUCAGCCGCAGCCCCUGCCCCAGCCAGAACCCAAACCUGAACCUAAACCGGAGCCCACGCCACGUCCAGAGCCUAAACCUGAGCCUUUGCCAAAACCUGAACCUAAACCUGAGCCACACCCUAAGCCCACGCCCAAACCAGAGCCAAAGCCCAAACCAGAACCGGUGCCCAAGCCUAAGCCUGAACCAAAGCCCAAGCCGGAGAAGCCUGAGCCCAAACCUGAACCAAAACCUGAACCAGUGCCGAAACCAGAGCCUAAGCCUGAGCCCAAACCGGAACCGAAACCUGAGCCUAAGCCUGAGCCCAAACCGGAACCGAAACCUGAGCCUAAGCCUGAGCCCAAGCCGGAACCAAAACCCGAACCGUUGCCAAAACCCGAGCCUAAGCCUGAGCCCAAGCCGGAACCAAAACCCGAACCACUGCCAAAGCCUGAACCAAAACCAGAGCCUAAGCCUGAACCGAAGCCCGAGCCCAAGCCUGAACCAAAACCCAAACCAGAGCCUAAGCCUGAACCGAAACCCAAACCAGAGCCUAAGCCUGAACCGAAACCGGAGCCUAAGCCUGAACCGAAGCCCGAGCCCAAGCCUGAACCAAAACCCAAACCAGAGCCAAAGCCUGAACCAAAACCGGAGCCUAAGCCUGAACCAAAGCCCAAGCCUGAACCAAAACCCAAACCAGAGCCAAAGCCUGAACCGAAGCCCGAGCCCAAGCCUGAACCAAAACCCAAACCAGAGCCAAAGCCUGAACCGAAACCAGAGCCUAAGCCUGAACCGAAGCCCGAGCCCAAGCCUGAACCGAAACCCAAACCAGAGCCAAAGCCUGAACCGAAACCGGAGCCUAAGCCUAAACCAAAGCCCGAGCCCAAGCCUGAACCGAAACCCAAACCAGAGCCAAAGCCUGAACCGAAGCUGGAGCCUAAGCCCGAACCGAAGCCAGAGCCUAAACCGAAACCAGAACCUAAGCCAGAACCAAAGCCAGAGCCCCAACCGAAGCCGGAGCCUAAGCCUGAACCAAAACCAGAGCCUGAGCCAAAACCAAAGCCUGACCCGCCGCACAUCCCACCGGCAGCUGACAACUGA